GGCGCGGAGACGAGGAAGUGCAAAGUCCAGCUGGGGGAUAACGACUGGCGGGGUGAGGAUAAGUGGCGAGUGCUAGAGGGCAUGGUCACCCCGGGCUCGUUUUCGAAACCGGCACCGGCAGCGGCUGUUUGCUACGCUGGGGAAUUAUACGAUGAGGCGGGGUGUGCGGGGGUUGUCGAGGGGUGGAAUAACUUCGAUUUUUAGUGAGAUUUGCUCCUUCUUCCCUUCCGAGUGACAUGUUCUGACUAUUGAAAAAAAACAAAAAAACAAUAGCGAUGAACAUCUCUCGUCGAUCAUGUCCCCGCUAUACACCGGCAUGUCUUGCCUCCCCACGACGAAUUCCACGGAUGGAACAUGCACCCAGGGAACCUACCCCAUCUACGUCGUCAGCACGAGAACGGUCCGGGACGUCCAGGUUAGCGUCAACUUUGCCAGGAAUCAAAACUUGCGCCUGGUCGUCAAGAACACUGGACACGACUUUGGUGGAAAGUCCUCCGGGAGGGGGUCGUUGAGUGUGCGAAUGAAUUUGUUGAAUGAGAUGGCGUUUAUAGAGGAGUAUAGUGGAGGUGGGUAUAUGGGACCCGCGUUCAAGGUGGGUUCGAGUGUGGAGGGGAGGGAUAUCUUCGCUUUCGCGAAAGAGUUUGGGUAUAUGGUGGUCAGUGUGGAGGGGGCGGUAUGUGCUCUUGUGCUCCCGAGUGGGUAUUAGAGGUGCACCGGCCGAUCGUCGAAGACGGUUGGAUAUGCUGGUGGGUAUAUACAGGGAGGUGGCCAUUCACCACUAGGCAGUGCCCUGGGGAUGGGCACGGACUCUGUCCUCUCACUCAAUGUAGUCAUGGCGAAGGGCCGCUUCGUCACUGCUAGCAAAGAAAAUCACCCGGAUCUAUAUUGGGCCCUCUGCGGGGGGGGGGGGGGAAGUGAACGCCCCACAUUCGCCCCCCUCACAGAAACCCGCCAGUAAAGUCUAGCAGACGGAAUGGAAUAGGCACCUCCGGCAUCACAACUUCCAUAACCGUAAGGGCGCACAGAGACAUCCCCAUCACAAUCUCCUAAUUCACCCGGACUGCGAGCACCAAGGAUAUGCAAGCCGUGGCAACCGGAAACCUGGACACACCGACUUCUGGGAAGUCGUAAAAGUCUACUUCCGUCUCUUCCCAGAGCAUGCGGACAAGGGAAUCUACAGCUACUGGAACAUCGUAGUCCAGCCCGACAAAGGGAUAAAAUUUGUCAUGGCCCCUUCAUUGCUCCAUGCUCCUCAGCAGAAGAAGUCACAACCCUCCUCUCCCCAAUCAUCGCCAAGGCUGCAGACCUCGGGAUCAAGGUCGACUCCGUAACUACCUCAUUAAUGAACUUCCACGACGCCUGGAAAGCCGGGUCCCGCAGGAGCGCGUGGGCGGGUGGAAUACAUGCGUGGGAUCCAGACUAUUCCCCCGAGAGAACUUCAUAAACCAGGAUAAAUUGGAGAAGACGUUCGAGGGGAUCAAGAACGAAGGUAAUAUCGCCACACUCCGUAUCGGGUUCAAUGUAGCGCCGACCUUAAAGGCCGGAGGGAUGCCGGACAGUUCGGUGAAUCCAGCGUGGAGGGAGGCGGUGAUGCACAUUAUUACCGGCACCAGCUGGGAUGCGGGAAUUCACGAUCUGGAGCACAUCGCCGGAUUGCAGAGAGUUUACGAACGUUCGCAUGCAGAAGUAGAGGGACGUGUCGCCGGGUUCCGGGGGCUAUCUUAGCGAGGUAGGAUUCGUGAAGGAUGAAAGGAUGGGCGGGCGGAGGGUGCCAAUGCUCGUAGGUGAUUUCUUAGACCGAUAUCAAUAAGCCGGAUCAUCAACAGGCGUUCUGGGGGACGAAUUAUCCGAGGCUGUACGGGAUUAAGCAGCGGUAUGACCCCACGGGGGUGUUCUUUGCUGAAACGGUACGUCACGCUUCUCUCGAGUCCUGGGGUGAGAGUUCAGCCUGGGUUGAUUGCUGAUGGCUUAUAGUCUAUUGGUGUAGAGGAUUGGAGAACUGGGUUCUGGAGAAUUGGUCCUUUGUGCCCUGCUUGAAAAUGAGGUCUCGCAUUAUGCCAAUUGA